AUGGCGACAAACGCUGAGGUAACCGGGCCAGUAUCCAAAGAGGAUAUAGAGGCAGCAGAAGUACUGAAAAGUGAAGCUAAUGAAUUCUUUAAAAAACAAAAUUACGACAAAGCCAUCGAUUUAUACACACAAGCAAUAGAAAAGAACCCAAAUAGUGCCGUUUUAUUCGCUAAUAGAAGUAUAGCGAAUUUACGAUUGGAGAAUUUUGGAUAUGCCCUCAAAGAUGCGUCCCUCGCAAUUGAUUUGGACAAGUCGUAUACUAAGGCAUAUUAUAGGCGGGCGGCUGCUCACAUGUCUUUAGGAAAGUACAAAUUAGCACUUAAGGAUUUUGAAUAUGUAACCAAAGCUAGGCCAAAUGACCAGGAUGCUAAAAUGAAAUACAACGAGUGCAAUAAGAUUGUGAAGAAGAUUGCCUUUGAAAAAGCAAUAUCAGUUGAUAGGAAGGAGGUUAAUUUAGCAGAUUCAAUCAACUUAGAUGCCAUGACUAUUGAAGAUGAAUAUGAAGGUCCAGCAUUGGAAGAUGGAAAAGUAACCGUCAAGUUUGUCACUGAACUAAUGGAGUACUACAAACAGCAGAAAUGUCUUCAUAAAAAAUAUGCAUAUAAGAUCCUCAUCGACGUGAAGGCCUACCUGCAGCAGCAGUCGACCCUGGUGGACAUCAAGGUGCCAGACGACAAGAAGUUCACCGUAUGCGGAGACAUCCACGGCCAGUUCUACGACCUAAUGAACAUAUUCAAGCUGAACGGUCUACCGUCGGAGACCAACCCCUAUUUGUUCAACGGCGACUUCGUCGAUCGGGGCUCGUUCAGUGUGGAGUGCAUAUUCACCCUGUUCAGCUUCAAACUCCUCUACCCCGACCACUUCUUCAUGUCGCGAGGCAACCACGAGACCCUGGACAUGAACCGCAUGUACGGCUUCCGCGGCGAGGUGGCCUUCAAGUACACCGCCCAGAUGGCCGAUUUGUUCACCGAGGUGUACAACUGGCUGCCCCUGGCCCACUGCAUCAAUAACCGGGUGCUGGUGAUGCACGGCGGGCUGUUCAGCAGCGAUGACGUCACCCUCGACGACAUCAGGGGCGUGGACAGGAACAAGCAGCCCCCCGAAGACGGCAUCAUGUGCGAGCUGCUGUGGUCGGACCCGCAGCCGAUGGAGGGCCGGUCGCCGUCGAAGCGCGGCGUCGGCUGCCAGUUCGGGCCCGACGUGACGGCCGCAUUCCUGAAGCGCAACGGGCUCGACUACAUCAUCAGGAGCCACGAGGUGAAGAACGACGGCUACGAGGUGGCGCACGACGGCAAGUGCAUCACCGUCUUCUCCGCGCCCAACUACUGCGACACAAUGGGCAACCUUGGCGCGUUCAUCACGAUGAACGGAAAGGAUUUGAAACCGGAGUUCACCACAUACGAGGCCGUGCCUCACCCGAACGUGCAGCCGAUGAGGUACGCCCAUUCCUUCUUCAGCAUGAUGUGCCAG